AUGAACAACAUGAAUUGCUGGAAGAAGAGCAGGAAAAAGGACCCGAGUCGGUUAAUGCUAACGAGCUGCCCGGAGCACUUGACGCGAUGGAUCCACCCAGGAUAUCGACACCUGGUCCCCUGGUCUCACCGUUUCCGCGGGAUCGUCGUGAAACGCAGCAUUGCGGCCAAGAUCAAGAAGAGGACCGUCUACUACUUCCCGUUUCCGCGUGUAUUCCCCUACUUUUGCGAUAUUUGCCAAAUGACGACGCCAGAACUUGAGUUUGCCCUCGUCCAUCCAUGUGUCCGGAGAAGGCCCCGCGACUUUGACCCUGAAAAUGGCAGGCUUUUU